UAACUUGUGACUAUUAUCUUAUGCUUAGAGAUUCUCUAGUUCAGGGAGCCUAUUACGUAUCUUGAAACGAGGUGAAAAGUGAGAGAAUUCACUAGAGUAUCUACGAUUUCAUUGGUCAAAAUCUAAUAAAUUUGUUCACUUUUCGCCUCGCAUUUUCACCUCGCUUACAAGUGUUCAUUCCUUUAAUAAACAAAGAUUGUAUCAAUCUUUACAUUUUAUAAUAAGGCUAACACCAAGACUAACUAGCUUUUUUUACUAAUUACCAUUUAAUUUGAUAUAAAGCAAAUUUAAAUAAUUAAUUAAAACAUUAAUAAUUAAUAAAAUAUUAAUUGCUAAAGAGAAAUAGCUACCGCCUGCAGAUUUGCAACUCUACAUACGCUUGCAUACAAAUGCUUGCAUAACUGCAGGAGUUGAUGAACUUUACAUCGCUAUUUCGAUAAUGUGACGAUAAUUAUAUGUAAGAUGAGUGAGAAAUAAUGCUAGCUAUAUAAUAAUAAAAUAUAUACAUACAGAUCACGGUGAUACAGAUUAAUCAGAAAAUCGAUUGAGAAUUUUUGUAAGUAAAACGUUCUCGUUUGCGUUCGUCAUUUAUUGAUGUUACUCCUGUCAAACUUCACGUGUUCAUGUCGAUGCGAGCACUACAAGUAUCUUGACGUAUCGCUUUUACAUUACAUUCGCUUUUUACAUGACAGUGCACCUACGUGACACUCAUCGUGUGAUGCUCCAUGGAAAAUUCGUGCGAAAUAGCGGCGACGGUACGCGCGAAUCGUGAGCGAAACACCGUCUCUAAGGAUGCCCGUGAUAUGACGCUAUGCGAAUUAUCCUUUUCAUCGUAUUUUACAUUGCGGCUUAUGUGGCAAGAAUCGCGAUUGGUGGCGAUAUCGCCAAAACGAUACCAGGUAUCCUUGACAUUAAUUACUUAAACGUACUGAAUUCCUCUCGAGUGAUCUUUUCAUUAAACAGUAAAAAUCUGAACAGGUUUUAUAUAUACAAAGAGAAAGGGGUUACUUACUUUUUGCUUAAACUAAUAAUAAUUUUCACGCAUGUUCUCUCAACAUCUCUUUCCUUGAACAUUCGUAGGAAGAAGCAUGAGAUACGUCUUCAAACAGAAAAGUGAAACAGCGCGGAGCGGAGUGUCCAAAAUGCCUAUCGACGAUGGAAUAAUUCAGAUGAUAAAUAAGCGCAACAGGCAAUCGUUAAUAGGGAAUCAAAUCGACGAUUUUCCGCGAAGCAGAAGGAACAACUUAGAGCGAGUCAAGCGAAGUUUGCGAAAACGGAAGAAAUGUGCAAAGAAGUCGGAUCGCAAGAUCGCCCGUCGUCGAAAUAACUACGCGAACGACGAUGAUAUCGACGAGCAAAAUCCCUCGUCGAACGUAAUAAAAUUUCCCAUUUGGCAAGUCCCGGAAGCAACAGUUCCCGCAAUUAAUUCUGAUUCUACGACGAAUCCGACGAUCAUGGAAACAGAGAUGAAUGAUCGAUCGUUGCUCGCGUUUGAAAGGCCGCCGUCGCAAUUAGAGAAUUUAGACUACAAUCGCUCUGUAAAUGAAGCUACAUUGCCUAUCGCCGAUCCAAAUCCACGAAGAUCAUUUGACAUAAAUGUCUCCAAUAAAGACUUAACAUUUUCCAAAAUCGCAAAUCCGAAAUCCGAAAUUAAGGUCGACGUAAGAAGUUCUGCCUUUAAAGAACUAAAUAAUAAAAUGUUGCUUCCUGAGCAUUCUCAAGGAUUUCAGAAGCAACACGAUGCAUAUCAGAGGGAUUCUUCAUAUAACGUUAAAAAAGAACCAUUCGAUGAUCGUCUAACAGGCUCUAACAGAAGAUUUCUACUCGUACCGAUUUCUAAGAAUCUGUACGUUUUGAAAGACGUCCGGGAGAGUCCUCGAACAGGCGUGGACGAAAUAAUUGUACCUAAGCGAUAUAAGCUGUUAGAGAGAGAUAAGAACAACGCAACGUCCGCCAUUCUCUCGUUCAAGGCUCAUAUGCACCAUGAUGUGAAAGAUGUAGGUAGAGCUUAUCUUCAAAGAGUUAAUCACCAUUUAUUUGACCACGACGCGAAUUAUUUUUAUCCUACCCUUGAUCCUCGUGUUCCUGGAGAAAGUGCGAAUCCCACGGAAAACCCGGCGUCUUAUCCUGACUUUUUGUAUCCGGGUAUCGCCUUUCGGACUCGUUCCAAAUUAAUCGACGCUACUCCUGAAAUUUCCGACGAACAAAUUGUCUCUCCCGUUCCGGAUUACGCGAACGUUUCUUUCGCGGAUAAUAAUUUGCGCGACGGAAUAAAUUCUUACGAUUCGUCGGCAGUUCUAUCAUCUUCUUCUAUCGAUAUCCCGAGUGACGAUGUAUCUUUGAAGGAAAACGCAAAUGACGGUCAAUCGAGUGUCUUGUCCGCGACGAAAUUAGACGACGAGAUGAGUCUGUUUCAACAAGCUAGCGAGAGUUAUGGAACUUCUUUGGGAUACAGCGAGUUUGGUAUCGAAUUGACAACCACGGAUUUUCGAGAUAUUUUUGACACGCAUGAUGACGGGAUAUAUACGCCAGCCACUUUUGAAAUGUACUUAACUAAUGAUAAAGAGGUAUUUGCUGUGUCACAAAAAGUGGGAGACGACUCUAAAUUUUCGACAGGAAGGAACGAAGAUGAACCUGUAACAGACUUUGUAGAUAAUAUCUCGACUGUCUUUGACGCGUCCGCGAACGAAGAUAAUACGUUCUUUCCAAAUAUUACUUACACCUUCGUUGAUAAUGCUGAAGACGUUUCGAAUAGUGAAGAUAUAGAUAAAGAUAGUCAGGAAUACAGAAUCUCGAUUCCUGGCGAAUAUAACAAUAAGAAGUCGACUUACUCCAACGAUUUUGAUUACAAUAGAUCUAGCGAUGUGGAUUUGUUACUUAAUGCAGAAGAUUACGUGACAGCUGCACCAAAUAUCGAUAAAUGGUCACUAAAGAAAGCGCAAUCUAACGUAGAGAACUCGCGCGAUUUAUUAAUGGCAAUUAAACCAUUGUCCUCGGAGCUGCAGAAGUUGUUGAACGCAGUUAAGUUAGUCAACCGGAGCCUCAGCGACGUGCAAAGUAGACUGUGCGAUAAAAAAAACGUCGUCAGGACCGAGCGAGAGAAUAAAGAUAGAAAAGUCACGAAUAUCGCAAAUCUAACUAACAAAGUAGAUCGCUGUAAUUUUGAUUCCUCUACAGAAAGUUUUAACAGUCAUUCGUCGAAAAAGAAACGCAUUAAAACUAAAGACGGAAGUGUUACAGGACGUGAUGCAAAAAUUAGAAAGAAAACCAAUGGUCUCUUCUUAAAUAAAUUGACGACACCGUUUUAUAAGCGCGAAAGCUCCAUUACCAAUUCAAAGGUACAGAGUGACAGAAACUUCCUUAAAAAGAGAAAAUUGAAUGAGAGAGAGUUCCCCAAAUCAGGCGACGUUGAGAGGCGCAGACUGCCUUAUUCGAGGUUUAAUAGGAAUCUGAAGUCUCUGACAAAAAAUUACGAGAUGAAGCCAAUUCAACAGCUUAUCGGAGCCGGAUUGAAGAGGAUGAAACGUACAACGAUGUCAAUUGCAAGAUCGUCGCGUUUGAUGAAAAAUUAUAAAUCGAGCAAAAAUAAUUUUGCUGGCGGGCGUACGCAAAGUCAAGAAAAUAAUCAAAUAAGCAGAUCAAUAAUUCCACCGAGCAAUACACCUUCGACGUUUCCAGAUAUAUUCACGAAUGAUAAUUCAGCGCGUUUCCUGUCAGAUCAACGAGAUCCACAACUCAAUGUAAAGAGAGUAAUGUCGAGCGAAAUAUCUAGUUCUGAUAAAGAAAAGAAAUUUUCUCCUACUGAUCCGCAGCUUUAUAGGGAAGCGACAGCUUACCUCGAUAUACUUCGAUUGUUGAGCAAGACUGAAAAACCUUAUGUAGGGACCACGCAGUAUCCAACAGAAUCGUUGUCACCGCCGAUCUUUACGACCACAGAAUUUUCUGUGUCCGCGUUAACAUUCUUGCCAUACCUUACCGAGAAGUUUACAAUUACAACUUCGAGUACGAUCGUAGAAGAAAAAGGAGCCCCCGAGAUGACCGAAUCAUCUUUAUAUGCGACAGUUACUGAUUUUGGAUACAGCGAGGACUACGAACGAAAUUAUACGAGGAUGAAGGAUUACGAAGAUAUAACUCCCAGAAUUUCGGAAAUUAUAUCGUUGACGCAAUCGCCGGUUACGUUGAGUGCUUUUACUAUAACGAUGCCAAUUACGUCGCCACUAUAUUAUACGACGGAAUUAACAAUCCUUCCGUUUGAUGAAGCUGCAAUCUCAACCACUGAGAAAAUGACUAUAAUAUCACCUGUCGCGAUCACUACUGAAGUAACUGAGACUCCUAUCGUAAUUCCAACGAUAGAAACUCUUACAACCGAAACUGCCAUGCUAUUAACUCCAUUUUUAGAAGGUAUGACGGAUAUUACUAUGAAGAUUACGAUUCCUGCGGCUACUUCAAUCGAAGAGAUGCCCGCAUCAAUUAAAGCUGAAACUGUGACCACAGAGGAAAAAACUGUGGAAGUUACAUCGACAACUUUGACGACGGAAACAAUGCAAACAUUCUCGACCGUAUCAUUAUUCAAGAGUGUAGAAGCAGAAUUGACAAUUGAAACUACAUCUUCUACCGUGCCAGUUUCAACAACUCUGACAAUUACAAAAGGUUUUCAAACUACAACGUCAGAAUCUACUUUUGGAGAGACUUUGUUUAAUAUUACUACAAUCGCAAGUUCGCCUAUUUUUGAAAGAACGGAAACGAUUUUAAGUACGUCGACAGAGGUUACAAUAACCACGUUAAUACCGGAGGACGAGAGUCCAGUGACACAGAUCGAGAAAACUAUAACCGCGGAAGAAACAGCUACAGAAAUCCCAACAACUAUUGAAACCGCAACGGCUACUGAAAUUGCAGUAACUACUACCGAAACUUCAACAACAGCUACUGAGAUUUCAACGUCUGUAGAAACCACAAUAACCGAAAUGGUAACAAUUAAUAAAACUUUAACAACUGAGGAAGCGUCAACAUCCAUCGAAACUUCGACAGCCAGCGAAAUACCAAUGAUUUCGACUACGUAUAUUACAACUGAGUCUGUUACAUCAGAGAGUAUUACGUCGUCUAUGGCAACGACGUCCCCGAAAGAAUUUUUUCCAACAUCAAUUCUGACUACUUUCACUACAAUUUUUACUACGGAAACAACUAAGAGCAUCUUAGUUUCUUCGACGCCUGUUACAGCAACUUCCGUUGAAACCACAGUUCCUACGUUGAAAUUAACCACGACCACGCCGUUACAGACGCUAAUUACAAAUACGACGCUAAGUGAAACGCCGUAUACUACAAUUUCCAGCACGUUCUUGACUACGACCGUUCCAACCACGUCAUUGAAAGUAGUAACGACAACGCCCUUAUCACUUAUUACAAGUACGAUGUUAAGUGAAACGCCGAGCACUACGCUUUCUACGUUUUUAAUAGAAGAGACUACAGCUUCCUCAAUACUUACGACGUCUUCACUUGAGGCACUUCAAACCACGGCUGUAUUGCCAAUUCGUACAACGGUAUCUACAGUCGAAACAUUUCUGACUACAUCAUCUAUCGCGGUAUAUAUGACAGAGAAUGCGACAGUUUCCGGUACUACUGCUAGCACAAUCACAGCAAUGAUCUUCGAAAGUACAAUAUCUCCGGUCACAUAUUCUACAGUAACAACGCCUUCUAUCACCAAAAUUCCAAUUACGACGCCUGUUAUAGUGCAUACUGGGACAACGGCUUAUGAAACUACUUCUCCCUUAAUUACUUCAUCUUUUUUAACAGAGACCAUUGAAGGUACGACGUCUUCUAUAAAAGAAUAUGAAGAAACCAAAGAGUAUGAAAAAUAUUACUACAAAAGUACAAAAGAAAAAAUAACGACUUGGGUUACAGAAGAAGUCACGAUCGUAAGAGAAACAACGCCAACGACGUAUUCGCCGUCGUUUACUACUCCUUUUUUUAUUGAGACGACUGCAGAAACAAUUUCCCUCGCAAUCGAAACAAUUACUCUGCCCACGAUAACCGAAGAAACUGUAUUGACUGAAAAAAUCGUUACCGUUACUCCUACAACAACGAUUGAGGGAAUAUCGACACUUUCGGAAGUUACAUUGAUUUCCACUGAAACAAGCACAGUGUCGGCAAUAGAGACAAGCAGUUUGGUGUCCACAAUAGCUCCGACUACUACUGUUUUGCCUCUGGAAGAAACUGCCACAGAAAUUACGAAGACAAGCUGGAUAAUACCGACGACUGAAAAAACGGAAUAUGCAACGAUCUUAGAAACUGCAGUCACCGUGACGCUUGCUCCAUUUUCCGAAUCUAUUCUAUCAAUAAUAAUUACGUCGGAAACGCCUGCCACUACGCCGGAAGUUAUUUCUGUAUUGCCAAAAACUGUAUCAGAAGAGUUUACGAUGUCAACGACUGAAAGUCCAUCGGUAACAUACGCUACAAAGAAUUUUACAUUAUUUAUCGGAACAACGACCCAUCCCACUGUUUCAAUUUCGCCAGCAAUUACUGAGGAAACGUUAGAAGCUGAAACGGAAUAUUACGUAGCGAAAGAACCGUCCGAAGAGGAGUAUGAAGAAUACGAGGAGUACGACACUGAAAUCCCGACUGGCAAGUGGUAUUAUUAUGACGAGUAUGAAACCACGACGAAGAAAAGGAUCACUGCGACGGUAAAAUACACGAAACUGCCUAAAGAAAAGGUAACAAGUCUGCCUUAUGUCACAGGUACAACGACUUCGUAUGAGAUAGAAACUUCAGAGUUUACAACAUACUCAACACCUUCUGAGAUUAUAUUGACUUACACUAAUGUGACUUUAACGGCGGAAACUACUUCGGAAACACCUUAUACCGAAGAAGAAGAAGUUACUUCUACCUUGGAAACGUCUGCAUUAACCAUUAUUGAAAAUGUAACGACGGUUGAAGCGAAAACUGAAUUUACAGCGUCGACUGCGAGCGAAAGGACAGAAUCAACAACGUGGUUAACUUUUGGCUCUACUGAGGAAUACACUCUUCCCCCAUCGACGACUUUCAAAAUCCCGACGGAGCCACUUGAAUACCUAACAAUUCCGCCCAAGUACACGGACAGAGAACGCUUCACGCAAAUAUGGCGCGAGGUUACCUUUCCAAAAUUUAUCACAAAGCCUAAAAAAAUUCCGGAGAUUAUAUUGGAAAAGACUACGGCUUCAGAACGAGUUUCGACAGAGACUGAGACAACAGAGACCGUGGAGAAGUUGACUUCUUUCUUCGUCUCAUCGGCGUUGACGACAUUAACGGAAAAGGAAGCUUUUGAAGUGCACACAACGACCAUGAGUACUGUAUUUUUUGAAACAGAAGGUACUGUCGAAACCGGUUAUGAAGUUAGCACUCUGGCGACGACAAAAGAAGAGACUAUCACACCGUUUAUCACGUCCGAAGCUGAAAUUGAACUUCUAUUCACCACGACGAGCGAAACUGUUGAACGAGAGGAAGAGAAAGAACAGUUACUGCAACGACUCGAUCAUCUCAAACAGCACGAGAGGGAGAUGGCGGAGAGAGAAGAAAGGCUGAAGGAGAAGGAAAAACAGUGGGACGUGGAAAAAGAAAAUCGCAGGAAAAUGAUGCAGCGUGAGAAAGAGAAAGCGGAAAAUAUUACAACAGUGACUGGUACAACCGAAGGCUAUGUUACGACUACUGUCGCUGUCUCGAUCACAUCUCCCGUCGAGACUGUUAGUACAAGUUUAACUGUAUCAACUACUGAGAUUGAAAUCAUAUCCCCUGGUCCCUAUAUUACUACGUCGAGUUUAGCCGAAGUUACCACGGUUCCAACUGAAACAAUUCCAUUUAGUAUCAUAGGAGAAAUCACAUCUGUGACAUAUACUACCGAGGAAACGGAAAAAGCGACUACGGAAGAAAGCACAUCUACGAUGUACAUCACAGGAGAAACAGAGGAAAUAAUUAUACCUUACACUACAGAGGAAAUCACGUUUGUUACAUACGUUACAGAAGAAAUAAAGGAAGUACAAAUCACGGACUAUGUCACUCGGACACCGUGUAUCACUAUCGUGGAUUUACAUAGCUUCGGUUUAGCUUCAAUUGAAACUACAACUUCUUAUACUACCAAAGAAAUAUAUACUGCAAGUUACGUAUCUGAAACAACUCCAUUCAGUACCACAGAAGAAGUUACAUACGCGACGGAGAAGACGGAGGAAGCAACUACAGAAGGAAGUACACCUACGACAUACGCUACAGAGGAAACAGUUAUACUUGUGACCACUGAGAAAAUUACACCUGUUACGUAUUUUACAGAAGAGAUAGAAGAAGUGCAAAUUACGGAUUAUGCAACCUUGAUGCCAUAUGUCACUACAUCUAUUAUAGAUUUGUAUAACGUCGGCUUGGCUUCAAUUGAAACUGUGACCCCUUAUGCUAUCGAAGAAAUGUACACUACAAGUUACGUAACCCUUUACAGCGAGCCUUUAUUCGCUUCAUCCACCGUUACUAGCCCAAUUACAUUGGCUACCGAAAAGUUCAUUACGUUACCCAUUGCUACGUUUAGUGAAAGAUUUGAGGAAGUCAGUGUAGUUUCAGUUACAACUCCUACUUGGUACACUACAGAAGAAACGUACACAGCGAUUUAUAGUAAGCCUUUAUUCACUUCACCAACAUUAGAGUUUACUAGCACAACUACUUCAUCGACUUUGGCCGUUAUCGCGACUACAGAGGUAAAGUACGACGAGGAAGUAGAAAGAUUGAAGGAAAAAUUGCGCAAGAAGGAGCGCGAAUUAGAGGAGAGAGAAAGGAUUUUACUGGAAAGAGAGGAAAGAUUGGAGAAAGAUAUAAUAGAGUUUAAAAGAUACAUGAAAGCGUUUGAAGAGAAAAUAACGUCAGUUACACCAUCCCAGAAAUCGACUGUGCUCACAAGUUUAUCAACGCCAGUGCCGCCGACCGAAAUGACCACUAUAAAAGUGCAAUUAACAACUCAGAUUAAAGGGGUAACUGAGAAGAAAGAAAAUCGAACGACUACGAAGAUGGUAACUUCUCGACAGACAGAAAUGGGAGACAUCCAAGAAAAGAAUCGAACGAAGUAUGUUUCUGAAGAAGCCGUCACACAGAAAGAAGAAGAAAUCGUGACGAAACGAGUAUGUUUGAACGUUUUGGAAAAUACGACGAUUCCUUUAGAUAAACGAAGAAGGAACAUUGUGACCAAAAAGAUCUGCCUGCCGUAUUUUCCCGCGAAAAACGAAGAGAGGAGAUCAGUUGGUCGAUUAAGCAGAAAGCUUCUCGCUUUGCAAAGUACAAGAAAAAUGAAAAGACCGAGGUGGAAUGUUCCAUUAGAUUUUCGAUGUCGCAGAAGGGUGGAAGAGACUACGCGUAAGAUCGACAAUCUGCAGCUGUCGCUCCACGAAUGGCUAAGCAACGAAACCACGAAGCCACUGCAACACUUUAAAGGUUUCAUUAGGAUCUACAGAAAGAUGAAGAAAUUUCCAAAGAAGGUUGCAACCGUUAUUGACACGCGAGGAAACACGACUAGCGAUUUUCAAGAUAAAACCUCUCUGUAUGAACAACGUGUUCUUGAUUAUCAUAAAAGUAUCUUCCAACCGACCGCAACGUCUACGUUGGAUAAGGAACAUAGAAAGAGAAACGCUUUUUUCAGACAUGAUUUAAUUUCCGCGAGAAAAAAUAACUUUCCUAUUGACGACAAAUCGAAUGUUCGAAAAAGAGACGUUUCACCGAUAAAAAACGAUGCACGAUUUUGGACAAAAAAAAGCACGACCGAUAUUUCGAGUCAAAGAGCAACAACUGCGACAGCCGAAGAGGACGGAUCUUACACGGUAAAAGUGCUACAGCUCAGUUACGACGAGGACAAACAAACGCACGAAAUAAUAUCUGCAAAACCAGAUGAAGAUGAACUGACAGCGAUUAUAUCUGAAUCAAAUGAUGACAAUUAUGUAACUGAAUUUGGGGAGGACAGGAACAUUACAACGCCAUACUAUGAGAUUGAAGAGGAAGAUAAUCUAAAAGAAGAAGACGAUGAACUGACAGAUAAAACGGAGAAAAAAAUGGAAGAAAAUGAAGAUUAUAUCGAGGAUAUGAUAGACAAUUACAUGAAUUAUGAGGAACACGAAACAUCGACGUGGACACACAAUGGGAAAUUCUUAAACAAGAAAGGCAAAGAUAAGAGAACGACAGAAAAUGAAAGACAAUUAUUGGAUCAAUCGUGGCCCACCGAGCAAAGUACGACAUAUCAUUUAGGCGGCACUAGAUUUUGGGAACUCGACUUCGUUACGGAACCGUCAGCCGUAUUACGUACGACGGUUGACAAAAGUAAACCCACUGACGUAUCGAUCACCAGGACGACUUGUUUCGACGUUGUUCUUAAGAACGAAAGAAGUAGCGAAGUAAAGUCUAAUGUAUCUUAUCACAAACGGGACGUUUAUAACAGUAGGACGAGGAAAAAUGUUUAUAAAAUCGAAAAGCGAAAUGCUAGUCUUAGAAACGUUACACGAACUAAUGCGUUGCGUUACAAGCUGAGAACAAAGCGACCCGGAGUGAAGAAAUUAAAGCGCGAUUCUCAAAAGUUGAACGGAUCGAAUGGUUCCAAGCGAAAUUUCGGAGAAGCGAGAACGAUGAAAUUUAACGAUUUUCGGCGUACCAGCAAUGAAGAUUCAAUAACGGCGAAGACCCGUAAACUGUGCGGCGUUAAUGCGAGCAAAUUGAAGCGUCAGGUUGUCAAACACCAAGAUGCUACAGACAAACAUAAAGAGAAGCAACCAGCAAAAUCGCGAACAUUACAAAACACUAAUUUGCGCUCUCUUCAUAAUACGGAUAAUUGUGUCGCGAAUAAAAAGAAUAAAUAUCAUAAGACGACGACGGCCGCGAACGGAACGAGCUUUCCGUUGGACGAAAUUAAGGCGCUUAAUUGCAGCGAAUAUAAAGAGACCCAGGAUAAAAUGGUGAUCUCGAUGGACACCGACGCGGAGGAGGCUAGAGAAUUUCCACAACCGCAUUACAAUAUCGAAUCGCUCAAGGGCCAGAAAUAUAUCAAGCUGGAAGAGCUAGAGGAUAAUUUCAACAGCGACUUGGAAUUCGACCGCGAUCACGAUGUUGUUUCACUACCCGGCGUUAAUCUCAAUUUACCCUGUAAUCAAGACGGCGAUGGUAUCACCUGGCUGUCGAGUGUCAGCAGACCGAGUUACACGUGGAAAAGAACGGACGGCAUCGCGGUCCUCGGUUUCGUGGCGGAGAACGGCGAUCUGGAAUUGCGAAACGUGAACGCGAAGGAUACGGGGAACUACACCUGCGUCAUGACGUACACGAGCCCCGACAAUGAGGAACCCGUGGAGACCGCUUACGAAAUCCAUUUGCAAGUUGUCACGCUGCCGAGGCACGUUGUGCACGGCGAGAGCCGUUAUCACGUACCAUCUUGCGACGAAAGGGACUUGGACGUCCUAGUGACGUAUCUACCGCUAAAAUUGAACAGCGUUAUAUGCGAAGCGGAUGUCUGCAACGCUUACGUCCUAACGCCGUCUUGCUCCCGAAGUCAAAUUACAGUAAAUAUUCUACUAGUGCCAUCGCAUAUCGUUAAACUGAUGACAAUAGAUCCCAAACGCUGCAAUGUUUUUUGCCUUAAAGCCAUUCAGGAUAAAGUCUCGUUGAUACUGAGUAAAAACUUACAAAUCUUCCUCGGGAAGACCAUUAUUUUCAGAUUGCCGCAUUACGAGCAGAGGCUGGUGCCGAUCGUUGUCGAAAAGUCGUCGUUCGCAAGACGGAAGCGAGGGAAGACCGAUGGAAACGCGUCCGCCGGGGGAUCCAGCAACGUCGGUUUGUUCUCCAGCUGUCCAGCGGGAUACGGUCUUCGUGAUACACGUUGUGUUCCUUGUAACGUGGGCACUUAUAGCGAGGACGGAGUAUCGCACUGUAAAAAAUGCCCGCCCGGUACGUAUCAGCCGAAUCACGGUGCCAGAGUUUGUCGCACGUGCACUAAUCCAAUGACGAAAGGCUGUUACAAUAUGCUCUGGAAUUCUUUCUCCGCUAUAAUGGUAACUUUGGCAAGUGUUGGCGCGAUGCUGUCGAUAUGUGUGCUGCUACUAUGGAUAAUUUGCUGCGCCAAAAAGAAAUUCUGCGUAAAGCGAAUAGCUGGUAUUGUCGCCAACGAAGACUCUUUUGAGCCAGAGAAACGCGUGGAGGAGCAACUGUUAAUUAAGGAUGCGAGUGACAACGAAGAUCAGCAAUGGGACAGCGAGAACAGAGUUAAGAGAAAAAAGGGAAAGUUUUAUUUAAAUAAAAAACGCCGAAAACCGAACGAAAGAAGAAAAUACGACAAGGCGCAC